UGUCCCAGUUGUCCCAUUGCCUAACUCUACUGUUUAUUCAGCUUACAAUGUAAAAACAAACACCCGUACACCCCCACUCCCCCACUCCCCAGUCUCUGCCACUUCCCAAUCCCACCACACAUCUCUUUAAAAGUUCUAUGUUUUUAUGAGUUUUUCCAAAAGUUCUCAAAGUUUUUAUUUUUGACACCACACAUUUCAUUUCUUCUUUGAAUUUUCCUCUGCUUUUUGAGUCAAAAAGAGUUCCUUUCCACAGUUUUGAUGGCUUUGAAUUUGAUUUCUUCUCCUGAGAUCAAGUCUAUCUCCUUCUUGGAUUCCACAAAGUCCAAGUCCAAUUUCCUCCCCAAGCUUUUUCCAGGGGGGUUUGUUUUGAAGAGGAAGGAUUGUGGCACGACGUUUGGGAGGAGAGUUCAAUGUUCAGCUCAGGCUCCACAACCACCACCGGCCUGGCCAGGACGAGCUUUUCCGGAGCCUGGACGCAAGACUUGGGAUGGUCCCAAGCCUAUCUCCAUUGUUGGUUCAACUGGUUCCAUUGGAACUCAGACGUUGGACAUAGUGGCAGAAAAUCCAGAUAAAUUCAGAGUUGUGGGGCUUGCUGCUGGUUCAAAUGUGACCCUUCUUACUGAUCAGGUGAAGACAUUCAAACCUCAAAUUGUUGCUGUUAGAAAUGAGUCUUUGGUAAGUGAACUCAAAGAGGCUUUGGCUGAUAUGGAACAAAAGCCUGAGAUUAUUCCUGGGGAACAAGGAGUUAUUGAGGUUGCUCGCCAUCCAGAUGCUGUCAGUGUAGUUACUGGGAUAGUAGGCUGUGCAGGAUUGAAGCCCACAGUGGCUGCAAUAGAAGCAGGGAAAGAUAUUGCUUUGGCCAAUAAAGAGACCUUGAUCGCUGGUGGUCCCUUUGUCCUUCCUCUUGCUCACAAGCAUAAAGUAAAAAUCCUUCCGGCUGAUUCGGAACAUUCUGCCAUAUUUCAGUGUAUUCAGGGACUACCAGAGAGUGCACUUCGGCGUAUUAUUUUAACUGCUUCUGGUGGGGCUUUCAGGGAUUUGCCUGUUGAAAAAUUGAAAGAAGUUAAAGUAGCUGAUGCUUUGAAGCAUCCUAACUGGAAUAUGGGAAAAAAGAUUACUGUGGACUCUGCUACCCUUUUCAAUAAGGGUCUAGAAGUCAUUGAAGCCCAUUAUCUUUUUGGAGCUGAGUAUGAUAACAUUGAGAUAGUAAUUCAUCCACAAUCUAUUAUACAUUCAAUGGUUGAAACACAGGAUUCAUCUGUCCUGGCUCAGUUGGGAUGGCCAGAUAUGCGCUUGCCAAUCCUCUACACUAUGUCAUGGCCAGAAAGAAUUUACUGCUCUGAAAUAUCUUGGCCUCGCCUUGAUCUUUGCAAGCUUGGUUCACUAACUUUUAAGGAUCCUGACAAUGUGAAAUACCCCUCCAUGAGUCUUGCCUACGCUGCUGGAAGAGCUGGAGGCACCAUGACAGGAGUUCUUAGUGCAGCUAAUGAAAAAGCUGUAGAGCUGUUCAUCAAUGAAAAGAUCAGUUAUUUGGAUAUUUUCAAGUUGGUGGAACUAACUUGUGAGAAGCACCGGGACGAAUUGGUGGCCACUCCUUCCCUAGAGGAAAUUAUACAUUAUGACUUGUGGGCACGAGACUAUGCUGCUAGCUUGCAACGCCCUUCUGGUCUAAGACCUGUUCCUGCAUGAUUGUCGGCUUGCUCAUUGUGGCCAGGAUAACAAUGACCCUAUUUAGAAGACUCGGAAGUUUUGAAUUUAUGCCAAAGGCUGGCGUUCUUGCGAAGAUUUAUGGGGGCAUUUAGCAAUUGUUUCAUAUAUUCCUGAAUAACAUUCCCCUGUUUAGUUGUACAUUCUCAAACACUAUCCUAAGUAUAUUGGUAGCUUGAAAAUUAUUAUCAGCUUUUAUAACCAAAAGAGGGGAAGAUAAGUAGAGAGGAAAAAAAAGGUGGGGGAACAAUGAAGAUUGCUUUUUGCUGUACAAAAAGUUUUUCAUUUGAUUUUGUUUUUGCAGUUAUUGUCUA